GUUGUUGUGGACAAAAUCAAAACAACCUAUCGGCUGACGCUGAUGACUCAAAUGUAAAGAUUGAAAGCAUACUCGAUACAUUGCCCUUGGAAUAUUUUUAGGAUAUUCUUAAUUUAUGUUGAAAUCAGCGCGAUUUUGAAUUAAUCAUAUGGCAGCCAAACAACGUCAACGCAAUGCUGCAGGUUUUAAAAAGGAUCCCAAACAACACAACAGCAGCAAGGAUCUUUCCAAGUCGUCGAAUGAAAAGCAGGUGGAAGAUAACAUGGGGUUGAUCUAUCCUGGAGGAGAUAUGGCCUUCAAACUCCUGCUGUCAGCUAGAUUUUGCUCUGCCAUUUGGAGCCACAUAACUGACUGUGACGAAACCUACAAUUUUUGGGAACCAAGUCAUUUUCUCCUCUAUGGAAGUGGCCAACAGACUUGGGAAUAUAGUCCACAGUAUGCUCUACGAUCUUACACCUAUUUGCUGAUACACAUGGUGCCUGCCAAGCUUUAUUCCUUCAUAUUCGAGCCCAAUCCCGCUCAUGUUUUUUAUUUCGUGCGAUGCUUAUUAUCACUAGGCUGUGCUCUUUCAGAGGUCUACUUUUACAAAAAUGUGUGCCGUGAAUUUGGUAUUCACAUUGCAAGACUGACACUCGCAUUUCUCAUAUUUAGUUCUGGAAUGUUUAUUUCUAGUGCUGCGUUUUUGCCGUCAUCGUUUUCAAUGUAUUUCAGUACUGUUGCCAUAGCUGCUUGGUACGGACGAAAGUAUGAGCUUGCUAUAUUCGCCACGGCAAUCUCGAGUCUACUUGGCUGGCCUUUUGCGGCACUUCUCGGGGUGCCCAUUGCAAUCGAAAUGCUAGUACAGAAGCAAAAGUUGUUAAUGUUUUUUAAGUGGGCCAUCAUCUCGGCCAUAGUAAUACUGUUGCCAAUGAUAUGGAUAGACUCGAUUUAUUAUGGAAAACUAGUUGUCGCACCGCUUAACAUCGUUUUGUACAAUGUUUUCUCCUCUACUGGUCCAAAUCUUUACGGAACUGAACCUUUUAGUUACUAUUUAGUCAAUGGAUUUCUUAACUUCAAUUUUGUUUUCAUCGCUGCUCUAUUUACUCCUGUAGUGCUGAUUUUAGGAUGGGCAUUCAUCCCUGCAAAGCCACGGCAUCAUUCAUGCUUGCCAUACUGGUACUCAUUAGCACCCCUAUACGUCUGGAUGUUGGUUUUCUUCUUGCAACCGCACAAGGAGGAGCGUUUUUUGUUCCCCGUUUAUCCUCUAAUUUGCUUAAACGGGGCCAUUACUGUUGACACUGUACAAAAGCUUUAUUUUUUCGUUAAAACUAAUCUGUGGGAUAAAGUCAAAGUAUCUAGUCAUUAUUUACAAUACACAACCCACAUAACGGUCACUGCGAUCGUUGUCUGUGGAUUUUUCGGACUAUCGAGAUCCAUUAAUUUGUACCUUGCGUACCACGCGCCAAUGGAAGUCAUGAUGGACGCGAAUAAGUUGUGGUCCGAUAAUCUGGUAGCCAAAGACAUAAACGUCAAUUUUUGCGUUGGCAAAGAAUGGCAUCGUUUUCCAAGCAGUUUUUUCUUUCCAUCAAACAACUGGAAGCUGCAAUAUUUGAAAACGGAAUUCAAAGGCCAACUCCCUCAGCCAUUUUUAAACCACGAAAAUGCCACAAGCAUAAUACAGCCGAAUUUCAAUGACAUGAAUCGAGAAGAACCAAGUCGAUACAUCGACGUUGCGAAUUGUCAUUUUCUGUUGGACUUGGAUAACGGCAAGGAAACGCCAUCAGAGCCAAACUACUCCCGCCAAUCGAACCGAUUCAACAUCGUCAAGUCUUCUAAAUUCCUGUUGAACUCCGAAUCCCAUCCGUUGUUCCGAGCCUUUUACUUUCCAUUUGGAUCAAGCAAAUUCUGCUCGUACGGAAACUACAAUCUACUGCAAAAUGCGUCAUUCAAGUUGUCAAACAAACAAAAAAGUUGAUACUAUCGUUGAACGAAAAUUUCAGUUAACAGUCAAUCACGCAUACCUGUAUACAUGUACAUGUGUAAGGGACAUGUAAAAAGCACACGCGAUGUUUCACGCAUUGGAACGAUGUUUACUCGUUUUUCUGUUAUUUGAAA